AACAAGGAGACCAGAGUAUGUGUGGCUGUAUGCACAGUACCCAGGACCAAGCACUCCACUUGGAAGGGGAGCCCAAUCCUUCUGCAGCCGCAACAUCUACUUUAGCACCUAGGACAAUGCCCAGAAGCAUUUCAAUAUCCAAACAACUGGCUUCAAUAAAAGCUCUACGCAAGGGUUCAGAUCUGGAAAAAGCCAUCGCCACCGCCGCUAUGAUUUUCAGAAACUUUUCUGACCCUGAUGGUAAACUUGGGAAAGCUACUGCCAAAAAUCUACUGCAAACCCAAUUUCGGAAUUUCACAGAGGGACAAGAAAGCAAACCAAGAUACAAAGACCUCCUUUCUGAGCUCGACGAACAUACAGAAAAUAAGCUGGAUUUUGAGGAUUUCAUGAUCUUACUGUUAAGCAUCACUGUAAUGUCAGAUUUGUUACAAAAUAUAUGGAGCGUAAAAAUGAUGCAAUAAACAGCUUUAAAUAUAUAGCUAGACAAAUUAAUGGC